AUGGAGCUCGUUCUGGAUCAAUAUUAUAAAUUGAACCGUCAGGUAUUGUCCAUAUAUGGACUAUGGCCUUAUCAAAAUACGACAAACGCUUGGAUUAUGCGAACGUUUGCAAUUUUGUUUAUGUCUUGGGCUACAUUCGGCCAGAUAUUUAGGAUUUGUCAUUCAAAAUUAACAACAGAUUUUAUACUUGAUUGUCUACCUAUUAUCAUACCUAAUAUUGGUGCGAUAGUUCAAGUCGUAAAUCGUAUAAUAAUCAAUGACAAACUAAAAAGUUUAUUCAAUCAAAUGAAAAUCCAUUGGGCAUGCGCAAGAUCUCAAAAUGAGAUUGAAAUUUUGCAAACAACCGCAGAGACCACAAGACUAACAACGAAAUUGGUUUUACUUUACUUGUUUCUAGGCGCAACUACGUACAUGUUUAGUACACUAAUCCCGCAAAUUCUAGAUGUAUUUCUACCGCUCAACGAAUCACGUUCUCGCGAGCAUCCAUUCCAUGCGGAAUGGUUUCUUAACGAAGAAAAAUAUUUUUACGUUAUUCGAUCGUUAAUGUACAUCGCUCUCUUGUUCAUUUUAGGAGUAGUCCUUGUCAAUGGAAGUGUAUUUGUUGCUUACAUGCAGCAUGCCAACGGAAUGUUCACCAUAUUAGGACAUCGUGCAGAGCAAUCAUUCAAUGGCGAUAAACAUCUAUUAAAAAAUCGAUCUAUCCGUGAAGAAGAUUAUGGAAGAAUUGUUGUCUUUAUCGAAGAUCAUCGCAACAUUUUAGAAUUUGUGGACAUUAUUCAGUCGUGUUAUGGCUUGAGCCUCUUUCUCGAAUUUUUAAGCUUAAUGAUUCUGAUAGGCGCUACAUUGGUACAAAUAAUUAAGUUCACCGGACUGUCGGACCGGUCAUUUAGAUCUGUACUUUAUAUCGCUGGACAAUUAAUGUACAUGUUUAUGUAUAGCUAUAUGGGUCAGCAAUUAAUUGACACGAGUACGCAAUUAUUCAUGAAGAUAUAUUAUAUAAAGUGGUACAAUAUAUCUGUGUGGAAGCAAAAGUUAAUGUUAUUUGUUAUGUUAAAAUGUAUGCGUACGCUCAGCAUUAAUGCAUAUAACAUCUAUAUUUUUAGCUUAGAAAGUUUUUCGACGGUAAGUGACGAUGACACUGAUAAUAAAUUAAAAUCAUAA